UGGUGUCGUCGAGAAGCAGCCCACCCAAAAAAACCGGUAGACGAGACCGCCUUACUUGCACCCAACGGCAUCAGCAUCGCCAUGUUCCUGUGCAAGAAUAAGACUUUUACCAUUCUCACAACAACUCCAAUCAUGUAAUCCUGUAACACUUAUUGGUUCCGCAACGGUAUAUAAAGGUGUGCAUGCUGACAUGCCAAGUAGCACUCAUCUGCACGCUUUCUCAUUCCAUCGCCAUGUCUGGUAUCGAUGCAUGUAUCAAGGUCGCACAGUUGACCGCUGCAGCAGGCGAAAUGGCUCCGUUUCCCUUUAUCAAAGGUGCUGCCGAAUGUGUGGUCCUCGUACUCGAGUCCAUCAAGGGCGUCUCGAAGAAUAAGAAGGAUAUGCAAGAAUUGGCUGAAAGUAUCGUCGCUAUACUGGCUGAUAUAAGGGACACCAUCAUCGAACAUGGUCCGACUAGUGCCACGCGUUUUCAGACGAUCUGCGUCGAGUAUCAGACGCGCAUAACUGAUCUCCUUUCCGAGCUGAACAGCAAACGCAGGUCUCCACAGGGAAUCUGGAAAUACUUGAGAGCCACGAAGGUCUCGGAUGAUAUCAACGAUUUACAGCAGCGAAUACGGGCGAUUCAGAAGUCCUUCCUGGUCCGUACGGCGACCAUGACACAACUAGCCGUCUCCGAUGUUCAGGAUCAAGUUGCCGCAGGAUUCAGCACUCUGACUGGUUCCGUUGAGGCGUCGGAGAGGCAAAUCACAUCAACCAUCAAGGAAAAUAUCGACGAGAUACGCACCUUGGGUGCUCGGCAAAGCGAAAACAUGGAAAAUCUUUCGACAAGAUUACUACAGGCUUCUCAUCAACGGGGUCUUUAUAAGGGGCUGGUCUGGGAUUUCAUUCCAGGCGACAUCCGCAUAAUCAAGCCAGCAACUCGUUCAUUAGGAAGCUAUUGUACAACUCGUACUGUUACAUACAAGGACAGCUAUGGCACCGUCGAGAACAGCGAUACAUGGAAGAUCAUUCGCGAAUACCAAGCUCUUGGUGAUAACGGAGAGGAUGCGAUGAAACAACUUGAUAAAGCCCUCGACAUCUUCAUGAAACUAAAGAGACACCCAAACGUUGCCCAGAUCUUUGGUGUAUGCAGGUCACCUAAUCUUCCGGUGAUCAUAUUCCAUGGCACAACAAGAGUCCCUUUCAGCCAUUAUCAACAUAACUUGACUGCGAAGCGGUUCCUACCAUUCUAUUAUGAGUUGAUUCAAGAUCUACGGGUAUGUCUGGCAAGAGUUCCAUGGGCUACAGUUCAAGAACUAUUCUUACAGUCGGUCUUGAAAUUUUGGCCACGUUCUCUCUCGCGUACGUGCACCACAUAUCCCGUCAGUAGUUUCGUGAAUGAUUUUCCUGUGUACUAAACGUUUUGAAGGAUGAGAAUGCACUCUAUGUCAAUGAGUAUGACAAAAUUGUAUUUGGAGACCUACCUUAUAGCUAUUACGAUCUCAACUUGUUCUAUUUGUCUUUAACCGGAGCCAGAAUGUUGCACGUCCUCUUUGCUUACAAUACACGCGACUUGAUCGAACAGAGUCGAAGCAGGAGAUGGAUGUGGCGAAGCGGAGGUUUACGAGAUCAUUAUGACGCUAUUGAGUUUCUUUAUAUGCGAGGUUGCCCAGACGAGGAGCAGUCGGACGAGGAGCACCCCUAUGCGCAGGGCAGUGUAGUAAUCAAUCCUUCG